AUGGAAACUGUGACACGGAAGAAACAAAAUAGUUUAUUACAUCUUGACCAGAAGAACACUUCAACCACUGAUUUGCCGUUGAAAAAUAAGCUUGGUGGCGUGCUCGUGACGUCAGAACAAAUUCACACGGCGUUUCAAUUUCUUGACAUUGAAAAGAAUGGUCGCGUGACACUUGAGAAUUUGCGUUCAAGACUUGGUAUUUUUUAUGAUAAUAUGAGUCUCAAGGAUGUGCGUCUGUUACUUGGCGAGGAGAGCGUGCUCACGGAAGAAUAUCUCCACACACUGUUAUUAUCGAAUGAAGUAAAGAACUUUGAUCCGAUAGCAGAGGCUUUUAAAGUUUAUGACCCAGAAGAAUCAGGUUAUAUCUCGCGCGAAAUGUUACGCUUUGUGUUCGAGCGACUUGGCUUUGGUACACUUGCUGAAGGAGAUCUGGAUAUGCUCAUUUCAUACGCAGAUGCUGAUCGUGACGGUCGCAUCAACAUAGCAGAUUUUCGAGCCAUGCUGAGGUAA